UCUGCAAGCGUAUCUUCGUCUUCAAUUUCACUUGCAGAGCUCAAAUGAUUUCCCCAGAAACCCUAAUUUAAUCAUUUGCCCCCGAAGAAGCUUUGUGAUUCGUCUCCUCCAUCUGCCCAUGUUGUUUGGCGUGGCGUCGCCAUACUUCUCCGGUCACCAAUCGAAAUCUCCUGCAGCCUAAACCCUAUUCUCUCCGUCCUCUAGGGUUUGGUUCUCGGAUCGUGUUCCUUAUUUCGGACAGGAGGAGAAUAGAUAGACAGAAGAGACGGUGACGAUGUCUCUUCCUCUACUGGAGUGUAACUACGUGACAGAGGAGUUCGUUCGCGAUUGUAAGAAUGGGAGCUACGGCUCUAAGCUACACAGCUCCGUACCGAUGCUUCGCUUCGUCUACGAGCUCUGCUGGACCUUGGUUCGUGGCGAGUUGCCGAUUCAGAGCUGUAAGGGAGUGCUACAGGCAGUGGGUUUUUCGGACAAGCCAGCCGAAGGAGAAUUGGGGUCGUGUUUGGCGGAUGUUGUGACUCAGAUAGCUCAAGAUCUUACUCUGUCAGGAGAUCAGCGUAGCCGUCUGAUAAAGUUGGCAAAAUGGCUUGUAGAAUCAAAACUAGUCCCUCAGAGGCUUUUCCAGGAGCGUUGCGAGGAAGAGUUUCUGUGGGAAGCUGAAAUGGUUAAGAUAAAGGCUCAGGAUUUGAAGGGAAAAGAGGUCAGGGUAAAUACCCGUCUUCUUUACCAGCAAACGAAGUUCAACUUACUCCGUGAAGAAAGUGAGGGAUAUGCCAAACUGGUCACGCUUCUUUGCCGGGGAUCUGCAAAUUCUUCCCAGAAUGCGUCAGCAGCAACUAUGGGGAUUAUCAAGUCAUUGAUUGGACAUUUUGACCUUGAUCCGAACCGUGUUUUCGACAUAGUGCUGGAUUGUUUUGAACUUCAGUCAGAUAAUAGCACAUUUCUUGAUCUAAUUCCAAUCUUUCCUAAGUCUCAUGCUUCUCAAAUACUUGGAUUUAAGUUUCAAUACUAUCAGAGGUUGGAAGUUAACAGUCCUACCCCAUUUGGGCUCUAUAAGCUUACAGCUUUACUUGUGAAGGAAGAAUUUAUCAGUCUUGAUAGCAUAUAUGCACAUCUACUGCCUAAGGACGAGGAUGCUUUUGAGCAUUAUAAUGCUUUUUCUGCAAAGCGGCUUGAGGAGGCCAAUAAAAUUGGAAAAAUAAAUCUUGCUGCUACUGGAAAGGAUCUUAUGGAAGAUGAAAAGCCAGGAGAUGUCACAGUAGAUCUCUUUGCUGCUUUGGACAUGGAGACCGAAGCUGUUGCUGAACGGUCGCUAGAGCUUGAAAAUGAUCAGAUCCUGGGCCUCCUUAAUGGUUUUCUCUCUGUAGACGAUUGGUAUCAUGCCCAUAUCUUGUUUGAGCGUCUUGCACCUAGUAAUCCAGUGGCACACAAUCAGAUAUGUGGUGGCUUGUUUAGGCUCAUAGAGAAGUCGAUCGCUCCAACAUAUGACAUUGUGCGGCAGAUACGUUUUCAGAGUUCUGUUUCUUCCACUGCAGAAAAUACAGAUGUUGGUGCAGCAUUUUCACCAAGCAAUAGGCGAUCUGUAGAUCUUCCUAAAGAAGUACUUCAGAUGCUUGGUACUGCUGGACCCUACCUCUACCGAGAUACACUACUCUUGCAGAAGAUUUGUAGGGUAUUAAGGGUUUACUACUUGUCCGCCCUUGAUCUUGUCCGUGCUAGUGAUAGAUCUUCAAAUCAAGAAGGUAGUGCAAUUGAAAAUCCUCGUAUGCACCUGAAGGAGGUUAGGGCGGGGGUAGAAGAAGCUCUUGGGACAUGUCUUCUCCCAUCUUUGCAAUUGGUACCUGCAAAUCCAGCUGUUGGUAAUGAGAUCUGGGAAGUGAUGUGUCUUCUUCCAUAUGAGGCUCGUUACCGCUUAUAUGGUGAGUGGGAAAAAGAUGAUGAACGAAAUCCUUUGUUGUUGGCAGCAAGGCAAGUAUCGAAGCUGGAUACUAGAAGGAUUCUGAAACGACUUGCUAAAGAAAAUUUGAAGCAGUUGGGUCGGAUGGUGGCAAAGCUAGCUCAUGCCAACCCUAUGACGGUACUUCGAACUAUUGUGCAUCAGAUCGAAGCAUACAGAGAUAUGAUUACUCCUGUUGUGGAUGCCUUCAAGUACCUGACACAGCUUGAGUAUGAUAUCCUGGAAUAUGUCGUGAUUGAGAGACUGGCACAAAGCGGACGCGAUAAACUGAAAGAUGAUGGGCUUAAUUUGUCAGACUGGCUUCAAUCUUUGGCUUCAUUUUGGGGUCACCUGUGUAAAAAGUACCCGUCGAUGGAGUUGAGAGGUCUUUUCCAGUAUCUUGUGAACCAGUUAAAGAGGGGUCAGGGUAUUGAGCUUGUUCUUCUACAGGAACUUAUCCAGCAGAUGGCAAAUGUCCAGUACACAGAGAACCUUACCGAAGAUCAGCUUGAUGCCAUGGCAGGAAGUGAGACUUUACGAUAUCAUGCAACAUCCUUUGGCAUGACACGGAAUAACAAGGCACUUGUCAAAUCAUCUAACCGGCUAAGAGAUGCAUUGCUUCCAAAUGACGAACCAAAAUUAGCUGUUCCACUUUUGUUACUUCUUGCGCAACAUCGCUCUGUAGUUUUGAUAAAUGCUAAUGCACCCUAUAUUAAGAUGGUCAGUGAGCAGUUUGACCGAUGUCAUGGAACUCUUCUCCAGUAUGUGGAAUUCCUUUGUAAUGCAGUGAGUCCUGCUACUGCUUAUGCUCGGCUGGUCCCUUCACUCGAGGAGCUUGUUCACACAUAUCAUCUUGAUCCUGAGGUUGCUUUUCUGAUAUAUCGCCCUGUCAUGAGGCUCUUCAAAUCUCAGCAGAGUGGUGAUGUUCAGUGGCCUUUGGAUGCUGGUGAAUCUAUGAAUAGGGAUACUGAAAAUACAGAGCCUGACCCUCAAGGAAACUGUGUAAAAAUGAUUCUUGAUGUCAGCUCAUCCAAAAAAGCUAUAAUGUGGUCUGAUCUUCUUGAUACUGUCAGAAUGAUGCUACCCACAAAAGCCUGGAAUAGUCUUUCCCCAGACCUCUAUGCAACGUUUUGGGGGCUUACUCUCUAUGAUCUUCAUGUUCCUAGAGAUCGAUACGAGUCUGAGAUUGCUAAACAGCAUGCUGCACUUAAGAUGCUUGAAGAGGUUUCAGAUAACUCUAGUUCUGCAAUUACAAAGAGAAAAAAAGAGAAGGAAAGAAUCCAAGAAUCUCUUGAUCGCCUAACUGGUGAAUUACGCAAACAUGAAGAACACGUUGCUUCUGUUCGUAGGAGACUUUCUCGUGAAAAGGAUAAAUGGUUGAGUUCCUGUCCUGAUACGUUGAAGAUUAACAUGGAGUUCCUGCAGCGUUGUAUUUUCCCUCGCUGCACAUUUAGCAUGGCCGAUUCUGUUUACUGUGCCAUGUUUGUAGAUAUGCUUCAUUCUCUCGGAACACCCUUUUUUAAUACUGUCAACCACAUUGAUGUUCUGAUAUGCCAAACACUACAACCAAUGAUAUGCUGCUGCACUGAAUAUGAAGUCGGAAGACUUGGGAGGUUUUUGUUUGAGACCUUAAAGAUUGCUUACUACUGGAAGAGUGAUGAAUCAGUCUAUGAACAGGAGUGUGGAAACAUGCCGGGUUUUGCCGUUUACUAUAGAUACCCAAACAGCCAGCGUGUCACGUAUGGACAAUUUGUCAAGGUACAUUGGAAAUGGAGUCAAAGAAUUACACGGUUGUUGAUCCAGUGUCUGGAGUCCAAUGAGUACAUGGAGAUUCGUAAUGCUCUGAUUAUGUUGACAAAGGUUUCUAGUGUUUUCCCAGUUACUCGAAAAACUGGGAUAAACCUUGAAAAACGGGUAGCUAAGAUUAAAAAUGAUGAGAGAGAGGACCUUAAGGUUUUAGCAACUGGUGUUGCUGCCGCUCUGGCUGCAAGAAAAGCUUCAUGGGUUACAGAUGAAGAAUUUGGCAUGGGUUAUCUGGAACUAAAGGCUGCCCCAGCACGUGGUCCGAAACAUGGUCCUUCCCAGAAUGGUUCAUUAGUUAGCAUGCCCCAAGGUGAAUCUACCGGAGGCAGAUCAGUGUCUACUGUUAGCCCGCAUCCCGAGUCUGGGAGCUUGAGCAAGGAGCAGGGACCGAGAUCUAAACCUGUGGAUGGAAAAUUGGAAAGGACGGAGAGUAUCCCUCUUUCCAAAUCUGAUCAAGGCCAUCUAAAAUCAAAGGGAGGUGGACCUUCUGAUGCCCAACCAUCCCAAUCUAAAAGGUCGAUGGAACAAAAGGAGUCAAACGAAACAUCUAGAAUAUCUGAUGAAAAUGCUGUUAAAGUUUCUUCAAAGUCUUCUGAGACGGAGUUGAAAAUUUCCUCAAAACGGGGUGCCUCAGCUGGAUCAACGAGCAAAACAACAAAGCAAGAUCUUGGAAAAGAGGAUAGCAAGUCUGGUAAAGGCAUUGGAAGAAUAUCCACAACCGAAAAGGACCUCAGCUCUCACAAUUCUGAGAGCAGGCAAGCAGGUUCAAUUAAGGUAUCUUCCACCCCAGCAGCAAAUGGCACCAUAGCUACUGCAUCAGCCAAAGUGAAAGAUGAAGGUGCUGAAGCUUCUGAUGUACAAAAGCAACCUUCCCGAACUGCUCAUUCUCCUAGGCAUGACAACACAUCUUCUUCAAAGUCAAGUGAUAGGUUACACAAACGAACUAGUGCUGUUGAAGAUACUGAGAGGACAAUUAAGCGUCGUAAAGGUGAUGCUGAUCACAAAGAUUAUGAUGGUGACCGAGAUAAAUCUGCAGAUUCUCGAGUUGUAGACUUGGACAAGGCAGCUGCUGAUGAUCAAAGCACCCACAGGGAGCAGGAUAGGUCGAAGGAGAAGGGCAGCGAGAGGCAAGACCGAGACCACAGAGAAAGAUCAGAACGAUCAGACAAAUCCCGUGGAGAUGAUAUUGAUAAAGAUAAAGCGAGAGAUAAGUCUGUGGAACGUCAUGGAAGAGAACGUUCGGUUGAGAAGGGUCAAGAUAGAGGAUUAAGUAGGGGUUAUGAUAGAAAUAAGGAUGAUAGGAGCAAAUCACGUCAUAGCGAGGUUUCUCUUGAGAAAUCUCAUUCCGACGACCAUUUCCAUUCUCAGGGCUUGCCUCCGCCACCACCUUUGCCUCCUAAUAUCGUUCCACAAUCGCUGAGCGGUGGUAGAAGAGAUGAAGAUGGCGAUAGGAGGGUUGGUGGGGCUGCAAGGCAUUCUCAGAGGCUUUCUCCGAGGCAUGACGAAAGAGAAAGAAGACAAUCCGAAGAAAAUUCAUCACCUUCUAUGGAUGAUACAAAGCGCAGGAGAGAGGAUGAUUUUCGUGAAAGAAAGCGAGAUGAUCGAGAGACCAUUCCUCUGAAGGGGGAGGAAAGGGAUAGAGAAAGAGAAAGAGGUACCCUUUUGAAAGAAGAUACCGAAGCAGCGUCCAAGAGACGGAAGGUGAAGAGGGAACAACAACAACACAUGCCAUCAUCAGGGGCAGAGCCAGGAGAGUACUCUCCCAUGGCUCACCACCAGUCACUAGCCAUGGCUCCUCCAUCAUCAUCGCUGUACGACGGGAGAGAGAGGAAAGGCAGUAUGAUUCAACACGGCGGGUAUCUUCUAGAAGACCCGGGAAUCCGAAAGAUGGCUCGUCGUGAUCAUCCCGACCCGAUGUAUGAUCGGGACUGGGAAGAAGAGAAGAGGCGAAAGCGGAGGGAUCGGAAGUAGAGAGACUUUGCUCGCUUUGCAAAUUUGUCUGUCAUAAUCGACGAUGGAAAACUUGUAACCAUUCUCUCUACAUUUAUACGUUUUGUUUUGUUGUAUAAAAUUUGUAACCAUUACCCACAUCCACCACAGUCUGUUAUUUUCUGUCAUUUGGGUAUUUAUUUUUUUUACCUGCGAAGUUGGUCUUAACCCAUUUUUAAAGUUGACUUCUUUACCC